UACUGCAAUGAGCUCCUUCCUAUGCAAGUACCCGCCCAGUUUCAUGUGAGGGCCUGACGCUCUCUUGCAGUGAACAGACCGAACGCGAAGGUUUUUGAAAAAAUUAAAUAGAUCAUUGUAACGCUAUCGUCUUUUGUUUAUUGAUUUAUUUAAUGUAUACGUUACAACACCGUGUAGCACUUUUAAACUGAAGUCAAAGAUGCCGGAAUCGUGUCGAAAAGGAGGACUGUAAGGGCAGACUUGUUUUCGGUACUUUGGACGCGGAACUGCGAACACAAAAGGUGAACAAUGACAGAGUACAAACUCGUAGUGGUGGGGGCUGGUGGCGUGGGGAAGAGCGCUCUGACAAUCCAGCUUAUCCAGAACCAUUUUGUGGAUGAGUACGACCCCACCAUUGAGGACUCAUAUAGGAAGCAGGUGGUCAUCGAUGGAGAGACAUGUCUGCUGGACAUCCUAGACACCGCAGGUCAGGAGGAGUACAGCGCCAUGAGGGACCAGUACAUGAGGACGGGGGAGGGCUUCCUCUGUGUCUUUGCCAUCAAUAAUACCAAGUCCUUUGAGGACAUACACCACUAUAGGGAGCAAAUCAAGCGGGUGAAGGACUCUGAAGAUGUCCCCAUGGUGCUGGUAGGGAACAAAUGUGACCUCCCCUCGCGGACAGUGGACACCAAGCAAGCUCAGGACCUAGCAAGGAGUUACGGCAUUCCCUUCAUCGAGACGUCGGCAAAAACGAGACAGAGAGUGGAGGAUGCCUUUUACACGCUGGUACGGGAGAUCAGACAGUACCGGCUGAAUAAGCUAAACAAAGAAGAAAAGAUACCAGGCUGUGUGACGCUUAGGAAAUGUGUUGUAAUGUGACGGGGAGUUGAUGACGCCUUCUAUACAUUAGUGCGGGAAAUCCGGAAACACAAAGAGAAGAUGAGUAAGGAAG